GCUACCGAGUAGCAGAACAGUGCCUGUCACGUUUGGGAUUUUUUAGCACUAUUCUGGCCCGAAGCUCUUCACACACAUAACAAAAGGCAAGAGAAAAAUUGUAAAUUAUUACGGAUUUCCCGGACAUUUUCCUGUCAGUCGAGAGCAAUAGACCAAAAGUAACGCUGCGGAAUAGCCAAUAAAAUAUAUAUUGGAUCAGAUCUAAGGAAUCCCCAGGACAUCGCCAUGGUGACCCCGCAAUCGCCGACGCCCAUGUUCAAUGGAUUGGACGACGAUCUCUACAAUGAGGCCAAGUUCGCCCACGAAAUCAACGACAAGAUGCGGGUUCCCAAACGGAUUAAGGCCACUGGCGAGUAUUCCGACGAGGAUCUGCUGCUGUCCAACCAGAACGGAAUGAUCAGCUCCUGGAACUACCACGACAAGAUUGACAUGAAUGUGCCGGACCGAAUUGUGGUCCUGGGCCACAAUCAGCACCUGGAGACGCGCUCAGCGCCCCGGGAAAUCCAGCUGGAGAACUCCAUUCUGCCCAAGAAUCCCUCGGUGGGGCUGGUGCGCGUCCAGACGCCACCGCGCGUCAUCACCCUCACCGAUCACCACUUUCCCUCGGCCUCCGAGGAGAGCUCGCCCAUCCGGGCCAAUGGGCAGCACCUAUAUGGCCACGAUCUCGACGACGACGCCGACGACGAUGAGGGCCAUUCGGCCACGCAGUACGUGCGCGCCAAUGGAGCCGCCCGCAUGGGAUUUCACGCCAAUGACACCCACUCCGUGGAAUCGGACUCUCAGUUGACCACGGGCAGUGCCAGCAAGCGGUCGCAGUUGAACCAGCAGCACAACAACCUGGAUGCCUCGAUGCUGGCGCUACGCGAGGGCACGCCCAUGGGCGAACUGACGCCCCACGAGGAGAUCCUGUAUCUGAGGCGCCAGCUGGCCAAGCUAAAUCGCCGGGUGCUGAACAUCGAGAUCAACAACGAGCAGCGCACGCAGCGCGAGAAGAUCGUCUACUGUCUGGGCCUCGCCUACUUCGUCCUCAAGACAAUAUUCUGGCUGAAUCGCAAUUAGAUGGACUAGUUUGGUUGGCUGAUGGUUGGCGAUCUUCGGUGGGUGCUAAGACAACCGCCUCCCUGUGGACACCCUUUUGGAACAGCUUCUUUCGUUUCUUGACUUAUUUGUUUCUUUUGUGGAAGGGCUCUGAGAGAGACUUUGUUUUUUGUUUGCCAUAACUUCGUAGUCUAAGCUCGAUAAUAAAUAAGCGCAACACCGUUCUGUUUUGUACACCGUGGAAAACCAAAAGCAAAGGCCCCCAUACUUAAUUUGUAAGAUCUGGCACCAUUUAAGGAGCGUGUAUCUAAAUUUAAGCUUUAAUCUCUACGUGUUUCACCUGAGCAACCCCCAACGCAAAUAUGAAUCAUCAAACCAUUGCAUUGAAAAGAUAUUGUUUAAAGGGUUGUUUCCGUUGUAGAUCUGUUAACAUUUGAUAAUCCCAAAGUGAAGACAAGAACUCUAAUGGUAUUUGUAUGCGAUAUCCCAUACGAUAAAUAGUUAAAUAUACAUAAUAGUACAUUAAAUCCCACAGAAAUCAUUGCAUUGAUUUUUGCAUAACUAACGGAAACAAAAGAAAUCAUUUUAGGGUAGCAUGAAUCAACUAUUGAAUUCAUAUUUAAAAUAAAACGUUUAAAGUACCAAAA